AUGGGAAACGGCAUCGGCAAGGCCUGCCACGGCUUUGCCGGUGACGGAGAGAUCUCGAAGCGCUACAACGACGUCGGGGUGGUCCUGUCGGAUCCUCUCGACGAGGGCUUGGGGCAUUCCUUCUGCUACGUCCGACCCGACCCUCCCAGGCUCUCCUACUCGUCAUCAAACUCAGAGGAGGAUACUCAGGAUAGGGACUCCGUCGCAACGACGGCGUUCCGGUCUAUCUCCGGCGCCUCCGUCAGCGCCAACACCUCCACGCCUAUCUCCACCUGUCUCGCGGACCUCAUCGGCUCCUCCUUCGUCGACCGCGCCGCCUCGUUCGCGAGCUCCACCUCCUUCGCCUCAACCCCUCUCCAACCGGUCCGUCGAUGCUCCACUUGCGAGCUGGUACCCGGCUCCGGCCCGAUGGAGAGAGGAUUCAUGUCGGGUCCAAUGGAGCGAGGGUUCGUAUCCGGCCCGAUUGACUCGGGUCCCAUAGAGGAAGCAGCACGUGAACAGCUACCGAUUGAAAAUAUAGUCAAGUCCAAGAAACGGCGUCGUUGGUUUAACAACAUCUUCAAGAAACUGAUAUCAAGCGCGAUCGCUUGUGGGCACAAGCCGGUGAUGGCGCCGGUUAAAGGUGCCGUCAAUGCCAGUGAUUCGGGUGGUUGUAUUCACUUGAAAGAUGGCGAGUAUUUUAAAGAGAGAAAAAGUCUUCAGUGGGCGCAAGGAAAGGCAGGGGAGGAUCGAGUACAGGUGGUGAUUUCUGAGGAACAUGGUUGGGUUUUUGUGGGGAUUUAUGAUGGGUUUAACGGCCCUGAUGCAACCGAGUAUUUGAUUUCUAAUCUUUACCCUGCAGUGCACAGGGAGCUCAUGGGCAAUGAAUCCCAAUCAAGGAAUUUUGAUGAGGAAAAUGAGAUAUCAGGAAAUGGGGAAAUGAUGGAUUUAGAUUCUAAUUCAAAGAGAAAACAGGGUAAUAGUUCCAAGAACAAGAGGAAUUUUGAAUCUGAUGGGGAGAGAAGUAAUCAUUCAGAGGUGUUGAAGGCUCUGUCUGAGGCCUUGAGGAAAACAGAGGAUGAAUAUUUGGAUAUUGCUGAUAAGAUGGUGAGGAAUAAUCCAGAGUUGGCUCUAAUUGGUUCAUGUGUUCUGGUGAUGCUGAUGAAGGGUGAAGAUGUUUACUUGAUGAAUGUGGGUGACAGCCGGGCGGUGUUGGCUCAGGAGGCUGAGCUUGAUGAUCUCCGGCCAAGGAAGGUUCACCAGGACUUGAAACAGAUCAAUGAGGAUAUCCUAAGCAAUCAGAACUUUUAUUUUGGAGUUGCAUGCGGGGGAUUACAAAAUCUAAUUCCCCUGCAGCUCACCACGGAUCACAGCACAAAUGUGGAAGAGGAAGUUGAGAGAAUUAGAAAUGAGCAUCCUGAUGAUGCUUCUGCAGUUGUCAAUGAAAGGGUGAAAGGUUAUCUUAAGGUCACUCGGGCCUUUGGGGUUGGCUUUCUCAAACAGCCCAAGUGGAAUGAUGCACUUUUGGAGAUUUUUAGAGUCAACUACGUUGGGAGCUCCCCUUACAUCACAUGUCUUCCUUCACUCUACCACUUGAGACUUGGCCCCAGGGAUAGAUUCUUGAUAUUGUCUUCUGAUGGACUUUACCAGUACUUCACCAAUGAAGAAGCUGUCCUUCAUGUUGAAUCCUUCAUUGCUUCGUUUCCUGAAGGAGACCCUGCACAACAUCUCAUUGAAGAAGUGUUGUUCCGAGCGGCAAAGAAAUUUGGUAUGGACUUCUAUGAGUUGCUUGAUAUCCCACAAGGGGAACGACGUCGUUAUCACGAUGAUGUUUCCAUCAUCAUUAUCUCUUUGGAGGGACGAAUAUGGCGUUCAUCUAUGUAA